CGGGUUCAACAAUUUGUGCUAAGCCAUCGGGAAGAUGAAGUCAUUCGUGGCUCUUUGUUUGAUAGCGACUGCGGCCGCGGUGCCUAUUGGAAAGGAGGAUGGACUCGGCGUGUUCCUGUCUGCAUUCCGGGAUUGUGUGGAGACCGACACCAUGCUUUGCCUCAAGGAAAAAGCAAUGAAAUUCACAGAGAACUUGGCGAUGUCUAAGGAGCUGGUUAUUACUGACGGCAUCGGCUUCUCCAGGACUGGCAGCCCAAGAUCAGCGAGGAGCUAUGAACCCCUACCUGAUGACCCCAAGGCCAGGGAACUGCAGGUUGAAGAAAGAAUCAUGGACAACGUAGUAGACUUCCUGGAUAGCCAUGUCUUGCAGCUGAGAAUGCCUAAAGCCUUCGAAGAGGACAACUCUGUUGAAGAAGAAGGCCGUGGCAAGAAGAAGAAGAAGCUCAAGAAGCUCCUCCCCAUCCUGGCUCUGAUCAAGUUGAAGCUGGCUGCCCUCAUUCCCCUAUUCCUUGGUAUCAUCGCCUUCGCUGUCUUCAAGGCUUACCUCCUUGGCAAGAUCGCCUUCAUUGCCGCUGCCUUCGGCGCCCUGAAGAAACUUCUCGAGUCCAAGUCCAAGAGCAGCGGAUGGUCCGAACCUUCCCACGAUGAGCACUCAGGCUGGGAGAACAGUGGUGGUUGGGGAAGGUCCCAAGAUGCCCAGAAUCUUGCCUACGCCCAUUACAAGCAGGAAUAAUCGAUUCUACUUAUAUCGAUUAGCAUCGAGAGUAUAAUCGAUAUGUCGUCUACGACGUCAAGGAGUCAAUAAAUAAUUUAUUUAUUUAUUUUAGUUAGUAAGUUGUUGUGCUAUUUGAUAUAUUGAUACCAUUUCAUCCACCACUGUCGAGUAUAAGAUUUUUUAGUAUUUUGUAUAUUUUAUAUAUACGCUUCGCUAUAUUAUUAUCUAUUUUUAUAUAUUCUUCGUCAGUCUCGCUCUCCCACAGUUAAGCACAGGUUUUCCCCCAUAAUAGGGGAAUAAACCAUAAUCCCUCCACGCUCAUCGAAUGCAUAGUAUUUUUUAUAUUUUUCGUUUAUAUUUUUUUUAUUUAAUAUUAAUUUUUAUUUAAUUUCACUAUGCUUGUAUUAACUUUGUCUGUACAGUAUUUGCAAUCUAAUGUACAUAAUAUGCAAUGAUUUAUAUGUAAUUAUUAUAUGUAGCCGUAUAUCUAUACUAUUUAGUUCAUUUCAAUUGUAUAUAUUUAUGCACAUAAUAUUUAUUAUAUGAAAUUCAUAGUUCCAAAGAUAUUUUAUAUUAUGUAGUACAAUGUAUAAUUGAAUAGUUUUGUUUGAAUAGUUUCAGUGUUGUAAGGGAUGCGAGUCAGUGUUUAAUCUUAAAUAUUCAAAGAGCGUACAAAGCAACAUUUAUGACAAUUAUUUAACAUUAAGUUAAUUUAUUUUACGUUGGAUCCACGUGAAACAAUAAAAAACAUUUUGUUAUAA